AUGAAAAAAGACAAGAAGCCAUGCGUUAUUGAGCCCAGUAAGAAGCUUUUAAUCAUUUCACCAUCUCCAAACACACAGUGCAUACAGCCUCUGAUUACAUUCUUUAUGAAUAUAAAGCACAACGCGGUGAAGUACACAGACAAAGACGGAUCGCACCAGCCAACCACCUCUAACUCUUCUGUGUCAAACGGAUGUCUGGAGGCUCUUUUAAAGAGGCUGGACUGCUCUCUAUUUGUAUACAUUUAUACGAACAAGAGCCACGAGGCAAGAAUGAUUAUAGGAAGAACACACGAGUUUAGAAUUGUAGAGCUAGCGCAGUACAAAGUUACGCAUGCGCUUACAAAUAUGAAUAUUCUGAAAAAUAUGCUGCAUGUUCUGCUUGUGCAUAGGAAUGCAUACACAGACCCGCUGAAGCUAAACCUGCUUUUAGAUCUUCUUCAAAGCGGGCCACCGCCAUCUGUUGGGCUGGGCAUGAUUAAGUAUGCAAUUGGUAUAGAUCUGUGCGAUAAUACAAUCAUGCUGGACAUGAUGGAGGUAGAGCCAGCGCCUUUCAAACUCACACCAAUUGCGCCAACAAUCACUUUGGAGAUAAUUGAGGAGCACCGAAUGGGCUUGGCAGACCAGAAGGAAAAAUGCAAGCAGAUUAGACAGACAGAAAAGAAGGUGAAAAACGUGGAAAGAGGCAUUUUGAACAGCACUCUAGGUGUACUGCACUUAGAAAAACAGGACCUGAGAGAAAUCCAGCUUAGCAAAGGGCGUGCCUUCAAGAAGGUAGGGAAAAAGUGA